AACCUGGUACCAUACCGUAAAAUGUUAAAAUCACAUAUAUGUAACAGGGUCUUGAGAGCUCCGACCGCUUUCAGGGCUGUGAGAGCAGUUUCUUCUUAUACCUUGCCCAAUAUCCAUCUUUUGGAAGAAUUAAACGUCAAUAAGCAAGACUUCAAAGGGCUAUUUUCUCACUCGACCUACAAUCAACUAUGGUUUCAAAGAGGUGAAAAAUUGAUUGAAGAAUUAAACGAAUUAUUGAUCGAAAACCAAGUGAAUCCUCCUAACAACUUGAAUGAACUUAUCAGCUUGACCAUAAAUAAACCUCAGUUGCAAAAAAUCUACAGUAACUCAUCCUUAUUAUUCAAUUUGCAGUUCUUCUUGGAAGGAUUGAAAGAAGCUAAUGAAACCUAUGAGUUCCAGCAGUUAAACGAGGGGGAAAUAUUCCGUAAUCCAGAUAUAACAGAAGUUUCCUCUAACAUCCCCCAAAACGAAGCUUUUAAAGACUGGCUUUCUGCAUCCUUUGGGUCUAUUACCGAAUUCAAGAAUUUGUUACUCAACUCUGCCAAAGCCAUUAAAGGUGAUGGUACUACCUGGUUGGUGGCUCAGCCAAACGUCAGUGAGUCUUCAUUGAAGUCCAACUUCACUGGAUUGUUUAACGAAUCCAACGAACCCAAAUACACCAAGUUAAGUGUGAUGAACACAUACAAUGCGGGAGUGGUUGACGACUCGAUUAGAUCUGGCCAAUUAUUCAAAUUGCAACAACAGAAAAAGGCCAAGUUAGUGAUGGAACAAGAAAAAGAAGGAACCCAAGUCAAGCAAACUCCAGAAACCGAAAACUAUUUGGGAACUGUGGAAGAAGCCGAGUUCACCCAUCUGUUUUCUGAUAAAAAAAUCAUACCUUUGUUGGCAGUGGAUGCGUCUUUGAGAAACUACUUAUUGGACUACGGGGUUUUUGGUAAGCAACAGUACCUUGAAAAUGUCUGGAAUUGUGUCAAUUGGUCAGUGGUGGAGCAGAGAUUACCUCCUAGAUUCAUUGCCAACUUCACCAUUGAAUAGAUAAGAUAACUUGUAUAUAUAUUAAACUUUAUUAAUUACAUUCUUUAGUAUUGAGGGUUCUAGUUUUUCAAAGCCUUUUUGACGAUUUCUUCCAAUGCGUCUAAAUCGUCUGUUGGUACUCUAGUCAAUUCGAUACCAGUACCAAAGUAAUUCUUGAUGGCGGUCAAGGUAUCAUAAGACUUUUUGUCGUGUACAAAAGAUAUAGACACACCGGUUCUACCAAAUCUACCGGUUCUUCCAAUUCUGUGCAAGUAUGUGGAAGGGUCUGGUUUACCAUCCUUAUCGGUUGGCAAAUCGUAGUUAACCACCAUAGAAACUGAAGCAAUAUCAAUACCUCUGGCCAAGACAUUGGUGGUGAUCAACACCUUGGAUCUGCCUUCUCUGAAAUCGUCGAUUAAUCUGUCUCUCUCACUGUUAUCCAAAUCCGAAUGUAACACCGAGAUCUUAUGUCCCUCUUUCUUCAUCUUACUGUACAAUUGAUUUGCGGUGGCUUUCCUAGCAACAAAGAUGAUAGACGAGGCGAUGGUCAAUAAUCCGUAUAACUCGAGUAACAUCUCAAACUUUUGGUUGUCGUCUUUACAGUCCAUGUAUAAUUGUUUGAUGGCAUCAACAUUCAACUCUUCUUGUUUCAAAGAUAAGGUGUUGGCAUUAGGAACGAACCUCUCGGCAAAUUGUCUCACUUGGUCUGGGAAAGUAGCACUAAAAAGUACCAACUGACAAGUUUUAGGUACCAUCUUUUUGAUUCUGACACUCUGGUCAGUCAAACCUUGACCAUCCAACAUAUUAUCAGCUUCGUCCAACACGAAAACCUUGACAUUCUUAAGGUCCAAUACACCUCUUUUCUUGAGUAAGUUCACCAUCACACCAGGAGUACCCACUAAUAUUUGUCCAUCGAUUCUUUCACCAAGUUUGGUGGAUUCUGGAACGAUUAACUGGGUGGUUAUACCGGUAAACUUACCCAUCGUCUCAAUAACAUCCAAGGUUUGUCUGGCCAAUUCUCUGGUUGGGGACAAACAAACACAUUGUGGAGCCUUCAAGUUUACAUCGACUCUGCUCAACAUGGUCAAGGAGAAAGCAGCUGUUUUACCAGUACCAGAUUGGGACUGUCCGAUCAUGUUUGUUGGUGGCUCAGAGAGUAAAAGUGGCAAGGCCUUUU